AACUCGGAGUUAGCGCAAAAAUGUAAUUUCACCAUCUAGGGUUAAGUGAUAACUUCAAGUUAAUGAAAAUCUUUACUCCCAGAUUUUAACCCUCGAUUAUUCUAGGUAAUAAUGACCUAACUCCAAGUUACGACCACGAUAUCAGCCGCGUUGUCGUGGGAGGGAUUGUUUAUAUGAUAAUAAAUUAUUAACAAUAUUGUAAUCAUGUAGAUAACAUGUAGAAUUUUAUAAGUUUGGCGCUGUUUUUUUCUUCGGAUUUUUUACUUCAACGUUUUCAUAGUUUCUACAUAGGGCAUUUUUAAAACAAGAGUUCAAAUAAAAUAGAAUGUAUCGUCGAAUACUAUACGAUAACGAUGACGAUGAUGAAGAGAUUAUUGAUAUGCAACGUCGACCUCGGAUAUUUUAUGAAAGAGUCAACUAUUGUGAACUGUAUGACGAUCAUGAUUUUAUAAAUCGAUUUCGUAUUUCAAAAGCUACGUUUAGUAUGGUCUUGAGAUUGAUAGAAAAUGAAAUAUCACCUCCUUCUCAAAGAAACAGAGCAAUAUUGGCACCUUGUAAGCUGUACAUGGUACUCAGGUAUCUUGCUACAGGUUCUUUUUUGUUAGCUAUUUCUGACUUUGUUGGAGUUAGUGAAUCAUCAGCCUGUCGUUACAUUCACCAAACAUGUAGAGCCAUAGCAAAGCAAAAACAAAAAUUCUUGUCGUUCCCAAUGAAUGAUGUUGAUACAAAAAGAGUAGUUACUGGGUUUUACAGCCGAAGUAGAUUUCCCAGAGUAAUAGGAGCUAUAGACUGUACCCAUAUAAAAAUUCAGUCACCAGGUGGAGAUAAUGGGGAAACCUUCAGAAAUAGGAAAGGUUUUUUUUCUAUCAAUGUCCAAUGCAUUUGUAAUCCAUGGCUCAAAAUUAUAAACAUAGUUGCUCGAUGGCCAGGGUCAUGCCAUGAUCAAACCAUUUUUGACAAUUCUUUAAUAAAACAUAAAUUUGAAACAGGACUCAUAAAAGGAUAUCUCUUAGGUGACGGUGGGUAUGAAGUGAAGCCCUACCUUAUGACUCCUCUGCUGACCCCUAGGACACAAAACGAGCAGUUGUACAAUGAAAGUCACAUCAGGACUAGAAAUGUUAUUGAAAGAUGUUUUGGAGUUUUAAAACGAAGAUUCCCAGUACUCAGCAAAGGAAUUACAGUUAAUUUGAGUAACACCCAAGCAAUAAUAGUGGCAUGUGCUGUUUUGCAUAAUAUCUGUAUUGAUAUGCAUGAUGAAGUUCCAAAUGAUUUGUGUGAAGACAACUAUGAUGAAAAUGUCAGAGAAGAAGACUUUUUCGAUUUGCCAGGAAAUACAAGAGGUAGGCAAGAAAGAGAUCGGUUGAUCAGGGACCACUUUGCCAAUUUACAGUGAGGUUGAACAGUUAUAUGAUAGCAUUCCUUUUUCGAACAUCAUUUAUUCCAAUCUCCUGCUCCAACGCUUUUAUUUGUAAGCCUACUAAUUUGUCCUUUUGCUGCAAGAGGUUUGUUGCCU